CAGUUCGUUAGAAUCAUCGAUCUCGAGUCUGGGAAGCUGCGAGGACAGAUCCCUCCGGAGCUGGCAAAUUGCUCCCGGCUUGAGACCCUGAACCUCAUGAACAACGAGUUAUCCGAAGGGCUUCCGGGCGAGCUUGGAAAUUUGACUGCGUUGUCGAAAUUGCUGGUCUCCAGAAACAAGCUGGGGGGAGAGAUUCCCCGUUCGAUUGCAGCUAGUCCAAGCCUGUCUAUUUUCAACCUCAGUGCGAACUAAUUCACUGGCAGGGUUCCCAUGGAGCUGUACAAUAAUCUGAAUCUUCAGGUGAUUAACGUCGGAGAGAAUAACUUCACUGGUGAAAUCACUGCAGACUUGGAAGAAAUGUCGAAGUGGCCGAACAUUUGGCGCAUACAGAUGAACGACAACAAUUUUACGGGUUCCUUGCCGCCGUCGAUUGGAAACAUCUCGUCGUUGCAAUAUCUUGACCUUGGUUCCAACAAUCUGGAAGGAACAAUCCCCGAUUCUGUCGUGAACUGCCGACGUUUGAUAAGCUUGAUAUUGGAUACUAACCCACGUCUCACUGGUCCUGUUCCUCGUGACAUCGGAAACCUUCGUAAGCUUACGACCAUUGUCAUCUACGAAACACAGCUCAAUGGCACUAUUCCAGAGUCGAUUGGCAAUUGCUCCACUCUCCAAUACCUGGUCCUGUCAACCAACAACCUCACCGGAUCAAUACCACCGACUGUCGGGCAAUGUCUAACCUUGAACUUUGCUAGUAACUCUUUGUCAGGAGAUAUACCGCCAGAAAUAGGAAAUUUCACAAAAUUGCGAGUGCUUCAAUUCGGGGGCAACAAGUUCAGAAGCGAAUUGAAAGUUGACUUUAGUAGAGUUACAUCCUCAACUCUAAUCCUGUCGAUCUUCAACAACUUGUUUACGGGUGAUAUAAAGUUCGUGGGAUUCGUGGCUUCACUGCAUAAAGAUAGAAUAAUAGACACAUACACAACAAUACUCUCUAACUUGUCACUGUAAAUUUGCAUGAAUCCAUAAGAUCAAAAGACUUCUUAUGUCACCAUAAUCUAUUCAUAAGGAGUCUUUUAAUAUUAUUCCUAUCUAUGUAUAUUAUCAAGAUGCUUCUUCUAAACUAUACUAGCAGAUAGUUUAGAAACAAGGAUCCUAAGUGGUUGUGCUAGAACAAGUAACAAUAGUAUUGUAUAUAAGCAGUUGGUUGACAAUACUUCCUUAGAAUUAUUGAGACACACCACAAGUGGAGAAAACACCAUACUUUUCCUUGUACAUAUACAAAGCUCGGAGUCGA